GUGCAACUGUUUAUCUUCCACUCUUUCCCACAAACUAUUCGUAUUCUUCUGUUCAUUCUCAACUUCCAUCUCUUACAGAACAACAUCAAUGGGUCUCGCUUCUAAACUUGCAGCUUCUCACAACCAGGCUGGCGUCGGCGCUGGGGCCGCUCCCGCGGGUGCCCCCUCCCAGCAAGCUCCUCAGCAGCAGCAGUAUGGUCAACAACAACAGCAAUACGGUGCUCCCCAGCAGCAAUUCCCCACUCCGCAGACUUACGGUGCUCCUCAACAGCAACAAUAUCCUCCCCCCUCCAGUGCUCCUCCAGUCCCUGGUAGCAGGCCUGCCGCAGCUCCCACGCAAGGACAGUACGCUUCUACGCCUUCCCAGUAUGGCCAGGCGCCUGGCCAGCCUCAAUCUCAAUACGGCCAACAGGCUGGGCAGUACGGUCAGCCUCAGUCUCAAUAUGGCCAACAACCUGGUCAAUACGGUCAGCCUCAAUCCCAACAACCUGGUCAAUACGGUCAGCCUCAAUCCCAGUACGGCCAACAAGCCGGCCAAUACGGCCAGCAGCAAGGACAACAACAGGGCCAAUACGGUCAGCUUCCUUCCCAACAGUAUGGCCAGCAGCCUCCAGCCUACGGCGCACCCGGUACUGGUGCUCCUCCUCCUCCUUCCGGACCUGCCGGUGCCAACAACUCCAACCCUCAAUACUUGCUCAGUCUCUUGCAACAGUGUGUUCAGGACCAAAAUCUCCAAGCUUUCUACCCUCCUGGUUCUCUUGAGCCCAUUGCUCAGCGUGUUGCGCAAUCUGGCGCGCUAAACAAAAUUGCCCAGGAAUGGAGGCUCCCUUUGGAACUUGCUUCUGAUCUCGUCAAGCUCUCAUUAUUCGAUGUAAUCCUUUACAUUGAUGACUCCGGUUCCAUGGCUUUCGAGGGUGGCGGUGAACGUAUUGAUGAUCUCAAGCUCAUUCUUUCGCGCGUGGCUUUCGCCACCUCGCUCUUCGACCACGAUGGUAUUCAGGUCCGAAUGAUGAACUCUCGAGUCGAGGGCAACGGUAUUACCAGUGAAGCCCAAGCCCUCCAACUUAUCCAGCAAAUCAAGUUUUCUGGUUUGACGCCUCUUGGAACCUCGUUAUGGCAGAAGAUUCUUCAACCCUUGGUCCUCGCCCCUGCCCAACAAGGGAGGUUGCAAAAACCCGUUGUUGUCGUCACUAUCACUGACGGUUCUCCUGCUGGUGAACCUAAGGAGGAAAUCUUCAACGUCAUCCUUCGAGCUGAUGCCGAACUUAAGCGAUCUCGUUACGGUCCCGAUGCUGUCUCGUACCAAUUCGCUCAAGUCGGUGACGAUCUCAAGGCCCAAAAAUUCCUCGAAGAGCUCGACAACCAUCCUGUCAUCGGUAGUCUCGUGGAUUGCACUUCCAACUUCGAGGCGGAGCAGGAAGAGAUGAUGAGGAAGAGCGGUGUCAACCUUGACCCAAGCAUGUGGAUCGUUAAGCUCUUGAUGGGUCCUAUUGACACCAGCUACGAUACCAAGGACGAGUAACCCCACACGGGAAUCUCAAUGUGAGCAGCCAAUGUUGGGUUGAAAGAGGAGAAUAUUUGAAGUAAAUUUUAAGGGGAUUACGCACACGAUUGAUCCCGGAUAUUAACGAUUGGGCAGUGUGGAAUAAUGUCUGAGGGAAUGCAAUGCGGCUGGGACGGUCUGGUACAUGUAGCUAUAUGCUCGAUGGCUUAAAAACAGACAUCAUAGUGACCGCUUGGCUUUUAUUAUUGUCUAUAUGUUAUGUAGGGCCGGUCCGUCUAAGUGCAAAUGUGCAUGAGCAACUUCUUGUAAUCACUUUCCUGGCUCAAUUUUAUGGAGCAGACUCAUUCAUU